AUGAAGCUAACGCUACGGCCGAACCGUCUCCAUUGGGGCUUCAGGUUCAGGAUUGCGACUUGUCUGCUGAUAGUGGUGUUCUUCAUCCUGCUGAAACAGUUGAUGCCCAUGCGGUUGGACCCCACAGCCAUAGAGACUGCAGUGUGGGAUGAGAUCAGUGGGGAGAUGCAGCGUACCAUAGGGAAGUUUUGGGAAACAAACAAGUUUGGUGUGCCACCCAGCAUCACGCAUCAGAGUGUGAUGGUGAGCCAAACCGAGCUCAUGCAUGAGUUGCGGACUCGGGUUCUGCUCAGGACGAUACAGCCGGGAGACGGUCCGUUCUCUGGGGAUGGGUGGCAGGAGUACUUACCCAGGCGGAGUCUGGAACAGACUCUGGGACCGCAGAAGACGUGUGCUGUGGUUAUGUCUUCUGGGUCCAUUAUAAACUCUGCGCUGGGAGCAGAAAUUGAUGAGCAUGAUGCUGUACUCCGGUUCAACGCGGCUCCCACCCAACGCUACAGUGCAGACGUAGGCAACAAGACAACCAUGCGCCUAGUCAACUCACAGAUUCUGACUUCUAGUGACAUUGGAUUCCUCACUGAUCCCCUGUACAGGACAGGCAUCCUUAUUGUGUGGGACCCCCCUCCCUACUCCAAAAACCUCUACGCAUGGUACAAGAAUCCAGACUUUAACUUCUUUCGGACAUACCAGGAGUACAGGACGCUCCACCCAGAGCAGCCAUUCUACAUCCUGAGUCCAAGCUUUCAGUGGAACCUGUGGGACAUCAUUCAGGAGAACUCCCCAGUGCCCAUUCAGCCCCACCCCCCGUCCUCUGGCAUGCUGGGCAUUGUGGUGAUGAUGAACCUCUGUGAGCAGAUCAGUGUGUAUGAGUUCCUGCCGUCGCGCAGGAGAACCAGUCUCUGUCACUACUUUGAAAGAUUCCACAACAUCCAGUGUACUGUGGGACACUACCACCCUUUGACCUUCGAGAAGAACCUCAUCAAGCGACUCAACCUCGGGACUGACGAUAUCAUCUACAUGUCUGGGAAGGUGACUCUGCGUGGAUUCUCACAGCUGAACUCUUCCCCAAGUAUUUUACCCAUCAGACAGUUUUUCCUUGUAUGGACAGCGAUGAUAUUGCUGAUUUUGACAUGA